CGAUUUGCCACCAUCCACACAAUUGCAAUCUCAAAAGAAGAUACUUUGCCGGAGAAGAUGGGUUUCCUCGUCGGAGCCACUUGCUUCGCCCCGUCUCCUCCUGUCCAUUUUUCUCGAUUCCUCACAUCUCCUUCUACAUCGCAGUUCGUGCUUCUCUGCUCCUCCAGCAAUGUCGCUAACUCCAAGCGUCGCCGACCACCACCAUCGGCUUCUCUACGCCGCCAAGAUGCACACCACGACGAAGUAUAUUCCGCUAAAAGAAGAGAUUUUGUCCUCCUGGGCGUCUCCGUUCUUCCGUUUCUGGAGUUUCAGUCUCCGGCUAUGGCUGAUGAAAGAGGAGGCAAUGAGAUUAAGACAUCAUCAAAGCUUAAUCAAGAAACUGAGGUUGGAGAAAGUGAAGGAACAUCCCCAAAUCCGUUUCUGUCUCUCUUGAAUGGUCUUGGAAUCUUCAGUGCCGGUGUUCUUGGUGCACUCUAUGCACUGGCUCGGCAAGACACACAAGCUGCUGAAGAAGCCAUCCAAUCUCUAAAGAACCAGUUGAAAGACAGAGAAAAAGCAUUGACUACCAAGGAGAAAGAGUCUGAAGCAAGACUGCAGUGCGAGCAGGAUGAGCGGGGCAAGGAGCGUAAAAAGGCACAAGAGGAUCAGUCGUCAUUGCUCAGCCAGUUGAAUUCUGCAAAGGAUGUGGUUACAGGAUUAGGACGGGAGCUAAGCAGCGAAAAGAAACUAUGUGAGGAGCUUAGAGUUCAAAUCGAAAGUCUGCAAAGUAAUCUGUUAAAGGCUGGUGAAGACAAAAGGGCACUUGAAACAAAGGUCAAAGAAAAGCUUGAUUUGGUCGAGGAGCUACAAGAUCGGAUCAACUUGCUUAGUUUGGAGCUGAAAGAAAAGGAAGAAGAAACUCAACGCAUUAGCACAUUACUGGCAGAGAAAGAAGCAGAACUGGAGAAACUCAACUCUGCUUACACUCAAACUAGCAGAGAUCUUGCUGGAGCAAAAUUAGAAAUCAAACAGCUUAAGGAAGAAGUCACAAGAAGGCAGACUGAGUUGGACUCAAAGAACUCUGCCAUUGAGGAACUGAACACUAGAGUAAGGACUUUAGAGGCUGAGAAAGAGAGUUACAUCCAAAAGCUUGAUGAUGUUUCAAGAAAUUACAGUGCUUUGAAAUCGGCGUCUGAAAUGCGAGCAGCUGCUGAUGCAGAGCUCAUUAGCAGGAAAGAGCAGGAUAUUCAGGACCUCAAGGAAAAGCUGGAUCAUGCGGUAAAGGCUGUUAAUGAGAGUAAAGACGAAGUUGCUGACCUUACUGAGAAGUACGAAGACACGAAGAGAAUGCUGGAUAUAGAACUCACUAAUGUACAAAAUUUGAAACAUGAACUUGAAGGAACAAAGAAAGCACUCCAGGCAUCUAGAGAUCGUGUCUCUGACUUGGAAACGCUGCUGGAUGAGUCUAGAGCUUUGUGUUCAAAGUUUGAAUCAGAGCUUGAUGUAAUUCACGCAGAGUUUGAUAAAGCUAAGGAAAGAUAUGAAAGGAACAUUGCUGAGGAAAGAGAAAACAAUGAGAGUUUGGCUAGCAAACUUGCAGCGGUGAAAGAUCAACUGAAGAAAGCUAGAGACGAGAUUGAGGCACUAACCCGUGAAGUGGAAGAAUCUUCUGUCAAGAACCAGAGUCUCCAGAAGGAACUGGUGGAGAUUUACAAGAAAGCUGAAACCACUAACAAGGAAUUAGAAGAGGAGAGGAAGACGGUUUUGGCAUUGGAGGAAGAGGUGAAAGCAAUGGAGAAGCAGAUGUUGAUGGAGAAGGAGGCGAGGAAGUCCCUUGAAACAGAACUGGAAGAAGCAGUUAAGUCCUUAGAUGAGAUGAACAAAAACACAUCGAUACUCUCGAAAGAGCUUGAGAAAGUGAAUACACAUGUGUCGAGUCUGGAUGACGAGAAAGAAGUGCUUCAAAGAUCACUAGAAGAGGCGAAGAAGGCAUCAAAAGAAGCCAAGGAAAACGUGGAAGACGCACACAACCUCGUGAUAAGUCUAGGAAAAGAGAGGGAAGUGCUAGAAAAGAAAGUGAAGAAACUCGAGGAGGACUUGGGCUCUGCAAAGGGAGAGAUACUGCGCAUGAGAAGCCAACAACAGAGUUCUGUAAAAGCUGUGAAUAGUAGAGAUGAUGAAGAGAAGAGUGAUGAUGAUAAGGUUACUGUGAAGAAAGCUGUCAGGAGGAGAAAGAGCAGUACCAGUUCUUGAACAGACAAGGUUAUAUAAUGACCAGAGCUUGUAUUAAAUCUGUGUGUAAAUUUUGACAAGAGGCAAGUGGCUCCAGAGUUUCAUCAUUGAGAUCAUUUCAUCAAUGGUGAUAGGAAAUGUAGAGUGAGAAGAUCAAUGCUUUGUAUCUGAUGUCUAAAUUAUGGUUUCAUACAAUGUUUUAAAAGAUGAAAAUUACAUUUA